AUGGAAGGCUCCAACGGAUUUGGGAUCGAUUCCCUCCUUUCCCACCGGCCGGGGAGCCCGGCCGGGCCCAAAGGGGACCCGCUGAUGGGGGAGUGCCGAUCCCCCUUGGAACUAAGCCCCCGCUCGGAGCUCAGCAGCGGCUGCCCGUCUCCCCCCUCGCCCGGGCGGGACUGCUUGGAGGCUCCGCGGCAAGGGGCGGCGGCGGCGGCGCUGGACUCCCACCUCCAGGCCGGGCAGAUCUCGGCCCCCUCCCAGUCCAGAACGGUGACUUCCUCCUUUUUAAUCAGGGACAUUUUGGCCGACUGCAAACCCUUGGCCGCCUGCGCCCCUUACUCCAGCACCAACGGACAGAGCGCGCAAGAGGCGCCGGUUCGAAUCCCCGCCAAGGCCGGGGAGGAUUUCCGAGACAAGGUCGAGAAGAGCAGCAGUAACUCCUCUUCAGACUCGGAAUACAAAGUGAAGGAAGAGGGGGACCGAGAGAUCUCCAGCUCCCGGGAGAGCCCGCCGGUGCGGCUGAAGAAGCCCCGCAAAGCCCGCACUGCCUUCACCGACCAUCAGCUGGCCCAGCUGGAGCGCAGCUUCGAGAGGCAGAAAUACCUGAGCGUGCAGGACCGCAUGGAGCUGGCCGCCUCCCUCAACCUCACCGACACCCAGGUGAAAACCUGGUACCAGAACCGCAGGACCAAGUGGAAGCGGCAGACGGCGGUGGGGCUGGAGCUGCUGGCCGAGGCGGGCAACUACUCGGCGCUGCAGCGGAUGUUCCCGUCGCCCUACUUCUACCCGCAGAGCCUGGUCUCGAACCUGGACCCCGGCGCCGCCCUCUAUCUCUACCGCGGGCCCAGCGCCCCCCCGCCGGCCCUGCAGAGGCCGCUGGUCCCCCGGAUCCUCAUCCACGGACUGCAGGGGGGCAGCGAGCCCCCGCCGCCCCUGCCCCCCCUGGCCGGGGUCCUGCCCCGGGCGGCGCAGCCCCGGUGA